AUGUAUCAAUCUUUUGAACCAAUUCCUAAGAAGUCGAGGGUUAUUAAAACUGACAAGCCAAGACCAUUUUUAUGCCCUGUUUGUACUAGAGGAUUCGUUAGACAGGAACAUUUGAAAAGACAUCAAAGAUCACACACAAGAGAAAGACCUUUCUUAUGUAUAUUAUGUGGUAGAUGUUUUGCCAGAAAGGAUCUGGUGAUUAGACAUCAACAGAAAUUACAUUCUGCAUUCACCCAAGAUAAUAAUUUUGAUAAGAUUAUUGUUAAUGUAGUAGGUAAUACCCAAACCAUCCUACCCACCUCAGGGAAAUCUACAAUUAAUGGCGAAAAUAUAAUAUCUCAAACUCCUGCAGAAGUAAUAGGAGAUCAAAAAAUCCCAUCAAUUCAUGUCCAGGAUACACUUCCACUACAAGAACCAACAUUUAUGCCAAACGAAUUUCAAACUCCUGAACAAACAAUUGAUCCACAAAAUAUAGAACAUUAUUUCCCGCAAAAGAGAAGUUUUAUGGAGGUAUCUUCCACUAAUCAUUGGUUAGAUCCUAAUGUUGCUACAACUGCCCCAGCUUCAAAAAGACAUGCAUCAUUUUCUGCUAGCACGGCAUUUUCUUAUGCUCCUAAUGCAGGAUCAAAAACAAUCGAACCAAUAAGCUUUAAACCCACUGUUUCAGAGGAGGGACCAAUUCAAGUUAGCUUCUCAACACCCCAGUUCACAGGUGAACAAGUUGUAAAUAAAGCAAUUGAGGCAGGUUUGCUUGAGUUGGAUCCUUUAGAAUUGCCACCUAGUGCAUCAUCUGAACAAUCUAAAGACUUGACUAUAAAUAACUCAGAAUUUAACAUGAUCAGAAAAUCACAAUCCGAAUCUAUCAAGGAUAUUAAUGCAAUGUUUAGUAAUAGUAGUGCGUUUUUGGCUAGUUUACCUUCUUUAGCGGACUUGGUUACGAUCUCAUCUACCAGUGGUGGUAAUAAUGGGUUUUCUAAAAACUUUUCGAAGGUGAACGUAAACCCAUUUGAUUACACAACAGAAUUGUUGAAUACUCAAAGUACAAUGAGUACGAAUACAGCCAACUCUCUAUCUUCGACAGGAACAAAUUAUCUUAGUGAGAUUGGGACAGACCCAUGGUUGUCAGAAUUUUUAGACCCAAAAUAUUUUCCAACAGACGCACAAUUGAACCAUAUUGGGUUUAUCGACAACAAUUCUACGCCAAGUCCAAAUGCUGAAAGAAGAGAUUCAUUAAGUGAUCAAAUUUUAGGUUUAUUUACGUCCAGACAAAUGGAUCUUCAUAACGGUACUAACGAUUCAUCUACUGGUAGUGAUGAGGGGGACAUUAAGGAAGAGCCCUUAACAAUUAAUUUUUCACAUUCGUCUAGUUCGGAAACUUCAAAUGUAAAGCCAAUUAUCCAUCAGAAUUCAAAACAUUUCGAAUUUUUCACUGAAUCCCUAAGACAAUAUGUGAUUACAGAUAAUGAACUGAAUCAAACCAGUUUCCCAUCCGUUAAAGAACUAAAUGGUUACAUUAAAAUGUAUGAUGAUCAAUUUACGGAAUAUUAUCCAUUUGUCCAUUUGUGUUCUAUCGUCCCAUCUGAAGAAAACUACCCCUUACUAUUGUCCCUCGCAAUGAUUGGUGCGUUGUAUACAUUCCAUUCGAGUCACUCCAAAUUAAUGUCGAUGAUCUGUAAUGUACAAGUAAAGAAAUACUUAUUCAGAAAUGAAAUCCAAACUCCAUUGUGGUUAAUACAAACAUUGGUUUUGUUGAGUUUUUAUAAUAUUUUCAAUAACAACAUUCAUAUGACGAAACAAAUGACUGCACAACUUACAACUUUAUUGAAUUUAAUUCGUUCAAACAAGCUCAAUUUGCCCUUGGAAUUAAGCAUGCAGCCACCAGUUCCUAAUGAUCAAUAUAUGAAAUUCGAAAAUAAUCCAGAUGAAAUAAAGUUAAUGUAUGAUCGUUUAAGUUCUCCAGAACAGUCGAAAAAGAAUUUUGAUUAUUUUAUCUUAGCCCAACAACGAAUUAGAAUAUGUCAUAUGGUACAUUUAUUGACCACCCUAUAUGGUGCUAUGAUUGGUGUUCAAUAUUCCCUUCAUUCUAUCGAUCUUAAAUGUGGUGUUCCAACUAUUCAUGAAGAAUUGUAUGAGUGUGCAAAUUAUCAAGAAUGGGCUAACAUGUUGCAGUAUAAGUUAAAAAUUAGGAUUGACUCCAAAUUUUCAUUAAUACAGUUAUCUAACGGUGGUGAAUUUUAUCAAUCAUAUUUAAUGUAUCUGUCCAACGGCUAUAAUGGUAGCAUGAAGUUAUCCCAGAAACCUGUUUCCAAAUUGACCCUACUAUCAUUGAUUAUUUCGAUCCAUGAAAAGAUAUCUUUUGAGAGAAAAUACGCGAAGGAUAGAAAUAUGGAUUGGAAGGUUAAUUCUAGACCAAUUAUUGAUUCCAUGAUCAAGCAUUGGGAAGUUUUAUACUUAAAGAGUGGGGGUACCUUAAUCAUGAAUGAUGCUGCAUUACCCAUCAUAGAUAAUGAUUCUAUGUCGAGACUCAUUGUUCCAAUGUACUUUUUUAUAAAAACAAGACGUUGUGUUGAUUUCUCACAGAUUGUAGGUAAAGUAUGGAUAAAGGACUGGUCUUCCAUGAAUAAACUUUUAGAAAAUGUUGCUCAAGAUUGGACCCAUUUCCGUGAAGCAACAGAAGCUGCGUUGACUAUGAUAGAAUCAUGGAUUAAUAUUGUAGCCUCGAUUUAUACCAUUCCAAAUGAAAAGAAGAAAAAAUACGGUUACAAAACUCCAGUUUUCACAGUUACUUGCAUUUUCACGUCUGUCUUAAUGAUCUCUGAAUAUUUAAAACAUAUUGAAGAAUGGGCAUCUCGCCAAAAAGACGAUAUACACAUUUCUGAACUUUCAAAGAUAGAUAAAUUACUCUAUUUCAAGGCAGCCAAUAUCAUGAAGAAGAUUCAGGACGUGCUUCUCCCAAAAGACCAUGACCAAAUUAAGUCAUCCUAUGUUGAAUUUUUGAAGUUACAAGCAUCAGCAUAUGAUCACUUAGAUGGGUUAUGGGAUACCCCACCAACAAUAGAAACUGAUAGAAUGGAGACUUUAACAUUAAUUCAAAAAUUAAACCUUUCAUCUAAAGCAUUAUAUCUAGGUGUAAAAAUAUUAAGUGAUGCACCUAUUUGGCCAAUUUCUCUUUUAUUCGCUCAUGCAUUCCAAAGUAGAGCAUUGUACAAUGUGAGUAAUGGUUCAAUAGAUGUUUAA